AUGAACACCAGCACUGCACAAUAUCACCACACGGGAACACCAGCACUGCACAAUAUCACCACACGGGAACACCAGCACUGCACAAUAUCACAGGACAGGAACACCAGCACUGCACAAUAUCACCGGACGGGAACACCAGCACUGCACAAUAUCACAGGACAGGAACACCAGCACUGCACAAUAUCACUGGACAGGAACACCAGCACUGCACAAUAUCACCGGACGGGAACACCAGCACUGCACAAUAUCACAGGACAGGAACACCAGCACUGCACAAUUUCACCACACGGGAACACCAGCACUGCACAAUAUCACAGGACAGGAACACCAACACUGCACAAUAUCACUGGACAGGAACACCAGCACUGCACAAUAUCACCGUACAGGAACACCAGCACUGCGCGAAUUCACAGGACGGGAACACCAGCACUGCGCGAUAUCACAGGACGGGAACAUCAGCAGUGCACAAUAUCACAGUAUGGGAACACCAGCACUGCACAAUAUCACAGGACGGGAACACCAGCACUGCACAAUAACACAGGACAGGAACACCAACACUGCACAAUAUCACAGUAUGGAACACCAGCACUGCACAAUAUCACAAUAUGGGACCACCAGCACUGCAAAUAUCACGGGAUGGGAACACAAUAUACCAGGAUGUGA